ACCAACCUCUAAUAGACCGACACACGAAGAAGAAGUGAAGCACGUCUUGGGCGCAGUUUGAUUUCGUUAGCGGCGAGUUAAAAUAAUUUGAAAUAAAACUUAAUUUUUGUAGCAUGAAGGAUACUCCGCUGUCAAACUGUGAGCGGGAUUUUUUCCUUAAAGCGAUUGAAGAAAAAAAGCGUCUGGAUGGACGGCAGACAUACGACUUCAGGAAAAUCAAGCUUACUCUUGGGACUGACUAUGGAUGCUGCUUUGUGGACUUGGGGAAUACCAGGGUCAUGGCCCAGGUAUCCUGUGAGUUGGUGGCUCCUAAAGACAAUCGGCCUAAUGAGGGAAUCAUGUUUGUUAACAUGGAGCUGUCGCCCAUGGCCUCACCAGCAUUCGAACAGGGCAGGCAGUCUGAGUUGUCGGUGAAACUUAACAGACAGCUGGAACGAUGUCUGCGGAACUCCAAGUGCAUUGAUAUGGAGUCGCUGUGUGUAGUGUCUGGAGAAAAGGUGUGGCAGAUCAGAGUGGAUGUUCACACCUUGAAUCAUGAUGGGAAUUUGAUGGACGCUGCUAGCAUUGCCGCCAUCACCGCCAUGUGUCACUUCAGGCGCCCAGACGUCAGCAUCCAAGGAGAGGAAGUCACUGUGUACAGUCCAGAGGAGAGAGACCCUGUUCGACUGAGUAUCUACCACAUGCCCAUCAGCAUCAGCUUUGCCUUCUUCCAGCAAGGGACGUAUCUAUUGGUGGACCCUUGUGAGCGGGAGGAGCGGGUGAUGGACGGCUUGUUGAUGAUUGCUAUGAACAAACACAGAGAGAUCUGUUCCAUCCAGUCCAGCGGGGGCAUCAUGUUGCUGAAGGAGCAGGUUCUGAGAUGCAGUAACAUAGCGAGCAUCAAAGUGUCUGAAAUCACAGAGCUGAUCACUAAAGCUUUGGAAAAUGAUGAAGCAGCCAGAAAAGAAUAUAAGUGUGGAUUUGCAGAGUCUUUACCACAGGAGCAGAUCACAGCUCUGACACGGGAUGACACUCCAGUGGAGACAUCAGAUGUCACGGAAAAGGCGAGUGGCAUUGUCCAAACAGGUGAAGAGCCACCGCGGACUGUGCCGUCCCCAGUGCUGCCCAUUCCGAGUGUGGGUCAGAUUGGGCAGGGGCUGGCGAACUCCUGGGGUGUAGAGGACAGCGAUGAUGAAGACGAGGGGAGACAGAAUGGUAAUGGUGAUGAACAGGAGGAAGACAUGGCCAUGAUGGAAGAGGACCAACAUGGAGAGCAGAGCAGAGAAAAUGUGAUUGAAAUCUCUGACAGUGAGGAGGAGGAAGUGGUGAUACUUCAGCCAACAGUAACACACAAUACUGCUAAGAGGGGGCGGCAACAUUCAAGAAGAGACUGAAAAUUGAAACUGCAUAAACUGUAGAUGCCCCGCCGCCCAAUUAUGGAUGAAAUGUUUCCCAAUUUUCUGAAAUGUAUGGAGGUCCCACCCCUGAUGACAGUGUUGGAAAAAAUAUUAUUAUGUAGCCAGGCAUUAGUAAUAUGGAAGUGGCCAAGAGUUAUUAAUGCAUGACCACACAAUUGAUUUAUUUAUUUUUCCCACCAGUGUCACUGGGGAGCCGCUGUAUAAAUUUAGUCAAAUGUUAUUACAAUAUAAAUACAAAUAUUGUACAGAAAUGCAGGUACAUACAGUUUCCAAGA